AAGCUUCGUCUGAAAGUUUUUUUUUGUGCAUGUAGCUUAUGGUUCUUGAAUUUGUCUAUCUCAAUAUGCAAGGAGGACCAAGUUCUUUAUGCAGGAAGGAGAUAUGAUGAUAAGUAAGCGCAAUGAAUGAUCUUUGGCAAAAUACUUUUACUUUUCGUGUACCAAAUUCCUCACAUCUAAUGAAAAUGAGAUUGCCGUCCUCGUCCUUUCGCUGCUCAUUCACAACAUAAUUGUGUUACGGAUAGAAGCGCUAUGAUCCUGCAGCGAGCUCAAGGAAGUCUUUUUGCUACCAGCGACAUGAUGGUAUCGAGUAACUUGUGACGACCGGAUGGAAUACCGACGGUACUAGUGGUGCAUGGUUUUGCGUAUGAAAAAACCGCUUUGGGUCAUCGAUGCUUUCUCUCUUUGGUGCUAGACGAUGACGCAGAAGAUGAAAAUACGGCAUCCGCAUCAUAUUCGGACAAGCAAACACUGGUGAUGCAUAGAAGUGCGCGUCAAGACAUCGCUAGUUCUGCAUGUUGCCUCACACAAAACAUUGCGAGUGAUCGGAUUGCGUAAUGCCUCUAUAAGUUCCCGGCAAGAAUUCGGAGUGAGCGAACACCAUCGAAACACGAGAACGGACGGAGUGCUUUUUUAUACCGACUUAUGGCGAAGCCGAAGCCGCCAUUAGAUUUGGAACCGCAGUCCAGCAGGGGAGUUGCUCGAAGCAUGGGCGUUGUAUUUACGCCGUGCCCUUUCCCACGGUGUCUAAUCUACGAGUUGUAGGCUGUACAACCUAAAAGCCGCUUGUCCUUCCUCCUUCAUUUGGGUGCUACCAAAGCGAAGUUGUGGGAGAGAUUUUAAACGCAACUAAAUUGGCGUGGAUUUUCUCGAGAACAUCCGAGGAUUGCUAUCAUCGUCAGUACUUCAUCAAAGUAAUACUCCUUAUACCACGUCGACGUCGUCAAAGUAACGCGCCUACUAAGGACAUUUGCGUAGUCGAAGCGUCUUCCGUGGUCGAGGCGCCUUACGUGGUCGAAGCGCCUCACGCUAGAGACCACAAUGUUUCUUUGGGUAUUUCCCUUGGUGAUAUUCGCCAUCAUUGCGGCGUUCGUAGGUUUGUGGUUAUGGACGCUAUUCCUCGAUACAGCGAGGCCGCCAAGUGCGCGGCUCGCGAUGCACAUCUUUCUGGCAGUAGUAUGCUCAUUGGAGUUCUUCAUCUGGUACUACUUCUAGAUUUCUUUGCAAUUGUGGUUUAAUUCUCGGCAGCGAGAGUGAGUAAAGUUUUGCUGCGUGGUUCUGUUCUUCCAUUAUCCCGGGAUUUCAUGUGGCACUACAUGUAAUGAACUUGGUUGCGGUAUCAGCUCAUUCUAAAGAUGUAGAAUCACACUCAUUUACGACUACAGGUGGCGCGACAACCUUCGAGAUUGGGCCUUUUGGUGUGUCAUGUUCUGCAAUUUCUGGGGUAUGUUUGACGCCAUUCUUCGUUUUCCAACCGUGCACGAGCUGGAUAGCUUCUUCUCGUUGAAGAUGAUAGUGCUAGUAGCCUUGAAAACGAUGACAUACGCAGUGGGAUUCAAAAAUAUGGGCAAAAAUGCGAUUCUCUUCCUUGGUUGCCUCUUCGGCUGCGUCUGGAGUAUGCCGCUAUUAUACGUAAUGGCGCUUCCAAUAGGAGACUCACGGAUGGCGCACGCAAGAACAGACUGUAGUAAAUUCACAAAUUAUAACUCUUUCUCAAUGGAUUCUACUUAAUUUUUUCAUAAUCAUUUUCAUCUUGUACCAAGGAAGUUGUUGCACCAUUUUUUUUACUCUUCACAAAUGGAGGAGGCCACACUCGCAUUGUGUGGAACUGCGGCGUUGGCUUUUUCAUUAAAAAUUUGAAAAUAAAUAUCCUCAACAGGCCGUGACGUCGACGUGCUGCUGAAGAUAUAUAUUUUCUGUUCGCAACAAGAAAGCGAAUACCGCAAUGACAUGAGGGACAAUAUGAUCUACCUUCGAGACACCGCAUUGUCGCAGUUGGCGAAGGUUCCAGGGAUGGCGCCCGUACUGGUAAGGGCGAACUUGGUAGAUCGAAGGGUGUUGCGGAGGCCUGGCAGAGAAAUUUAGCACGCUUAUUCUGAUUGUAACCUCCCUAUUAGCUACCCAUACUAAAAGCAGCCUCCGUUACUGAUGUAGCCCCCGUCCUCCAUCGUGAUAUGCGAAACGGAACGAGACGAAACACCAGUGUCGCAAGCAUGAGCGUCGCUUUCAGCAUAUUUCAGGCUCUUGAUGCUGGUCUCUUGACGGCUGGUACAGCCAUGCAGGGAUCGAACUGAGUAGUUCUCUUGUAAUUUACUCGACCAGAAAACCGAUACACGCAGAUUCGCUCCAGCUCAAACCGUCACUCCUUUUUUUUCUCGACAGUCACCUUUUUUGAGCAUUGUUUUGUGAGCCACGUGAGUGUCUCACGAAAAACCGACGUUAGAUCGAUCUUCACGCGUUUGGUGUUACCAUUUUCCUGAUGUCGACCCAAAAAUAAGUUCGAAC